UUUUUAAUGAAACGAUGAAUCGGACAUUAAAUUAGAUUUAUGUUCAGCAUAAAAACUCAUGAACAUCACCCAACCCCCCAAUAAAAAGGUUAUUGUUAUAUUCAGCCAACUUACAUGUACAUGACAAAAUGGAGUUUAAUCAAUGAUUGAUUUGAGAUGAUCGAGCUUUCAAGAGUGACUGUUGGAAACAUAAAUUUUAGCCAAAAAGUUCUAACAUUUCUUAUAUUUUAACUUGAGGGGUCAUAUUACAAUAUGGUGAAUUAUGUAAUGCAAUGGUGAUUGCAGUGAAUGAAUUGGAAUGUUCAGAAUCAAACUGGUUAUGAGAGCAUAUAUUAUCCAUUUCUUUUUUUGUUGUAAUUUACAGGCACUGAGGGCUCUCGAGCCAACUUUCCAGUUGGCUAGUUAUUCAAACAGAUGCUACAGGAAAGCCACUCUCCUUUUCGAUGCAACUAGAGAAUCUACUGGAAAGGAUUUGAAACAAUGUUGUUUCAUGAAGCUACAAGGACUCUCAGAAGAGGAGCGAUAUUCACUUCUUCUGGAGGCGACCUUGUCUUUGAAUGUUAAAAAGAUGAAGGCGGAUGCCGAUGAACUGAAGGCAAUGAAGAGUCUGAAGAGCGUGUUUGCGAAGGGAGUUGGGGCUAAGACGUGGGAAGAGGCGAUAGAAAGAUACCCAACCUUCACUUCAGAAGCAGCCCUGGAACCCUAUGUUGGUAAAAAGUAUACAAAAGGUAACAUCCCAGAGGUCUUCCUGGAGCACAUCAGCAGGGCCAAGAGAGACAUGGACAUGAAUGCAGACGACAUCCCAGCCCUUAUGAUACAAGAACUAGAAGAGGAUAUCCAGUUAUCCUCAACACCAUCGGCUACUACCAGAAUCUUCCUGACAAAGGACAUCACAGCGAUAUCCAAAGUGGUCAGCCAACAUACCCGACACGAUGUGCAUAUAUUGCAUAUUGUCCAGUCCCCAGUAGGAGAUAUUCAAGAUGUCAACCAUAAUGUCUGUAUGCAGUAUGGUAUUGUCGUGUCUAGGAGGAGGGGUGCUGGCACUAGCCAACUCUACAUGCCAUCAAGAUCAGACUUCUACAAAUAUGCAGUGGAGCAUUUCACUUCUAUUGAUGAAGUGGUUCUUGACGUUGGAGACGGACUGCUGGCAAGGGUUGCAGCAGAAUGUGGACGAAAUGGGAGGAUGGUAGAGGAGACAACACUGUCCAGCACAGAAAUAGAGGCCAUGAUGGGUGCUGCAGACUCGGAGGAGAUUCUAGAUGCAGAUCUAGUAUUAAGCAUGGACCAGACGUGUUCUAUACCUUAGUGCAUUUUGUUUCUCUCAUUUCCUCACCUCGAUCACUACCUCAUUUAGUUCUGAAAAAUCUUGUUAAGAUAUGUGACAAACUAACGUUUUUAUGUAAAUAUUUUUAUACAGAUAUGGCUGGUAGGGUGUUUAUAUAUCAUUCUUUUGGCCGCUGGAGUUGUAUUUUCAUGAGGGAAAAUAAAACUCCUUUAGGUAGGCUAAAGAAUAUGUAUUACAUACAUAACAGGAAAUAUCUAUUAUAAUAUUAGAUAACCUUGAUUAAGACCAAGUCAUGGUUUUUACAUGAAAGUCUGAACACGAACAGUUUAAUAGAGUCUGAUCUACAGUAGAUAUCCAUUGUCUUCGCCUUUCUUCUCUGUGCUUAGCUGUUAUUAACGAAUAUUGUUGAUACAUGAAUACAUUGUCUUAGCUCAAGCGCGUAUGCUCCUACUGUUAUCGUUGACCAGCUGGUCAAUAUAACCAUCCAGAUGACCGGGCGUGAACUGUUAACAAUAAAUUGCAGUCCCCAUAUCACUUGACAUGCUGUGGACCAAUCACACCUUAGCAACUCUCUGAGCUAUCUAAUACAAGUAUUUAAGUCUAUGUGUAGAUGUGUUUUUAGUUUAGUAGAUAGGUGGCUGGACUACCGAUCAUUAGGUACAUGUAUGUGGUUCAAAUCUCGGCCACUUCACUAAGGUCUAGCUUUGGCAAGACCUUAACAUACAUUUACUACACUCAAACUAUGUUGUACCAAAAUAUGUAGCCUAGUUAAGGUCAGGUAACAUACAUGCAGGAGCACCUUGCUAUAUAGAUGAGCGCUAUACUAGAGUGCAAUAUUAUUAUUAUUAUCUUUUAUUAGAGCAUAUUUUUGUCUUGCCAAGUGAACUUGAUUACUUUGAAGGUAAUUUCAAAGGCACAGGGUUGGUGAACGUGACUCGUCACCUUAUUUAUUUUUCUAAAGCAUCAACACAAAAACCCACAUAUUAUUAUUUUAUCAAGGAUAAAAACUCGGUCACAACUAUUGGGCCCUUGAUUUUGUUACCAUCUUGUCAAAAUGAAACACUCGAUCUAACUCAUUUCCAAGCAUCAGAAGACGGUUGUUGAUAUCAAUGAUGUAGUUGGAAGAUCAUAUACUUCAAAGUUAUAAUCAAGGAAUUAUCAGAGCUGGAGUCCAAACUGAGGAUAAUUUAUGCAAACAUCUGGCAGAUUCCAAAGGAUAGUCAAUAGAAUUAUUAAACUGCCUUGGUUCUUUGAUAUUUGAUGCGCGAUGCCACCAAAGUAAAAGAAAACAUUUUAGAGAGGAUGUGAACUUUGUGGGUUUUUGUUUGCACAGUUGAUUUAUUAUAUCAAUAAACAUAGAAAACAAAUAGGCAAUUGUUUAGUAAUUAUGUACGAUGCCACUCUGAAAAUCCCAUUCCUCAACAAGCAAGAUUUCUUGAGAUAUUGCCUUAAGAGUGUAAUAAAUAUGUACUGCUUCAAGUACAAUAUUGAUCCCUUGCUGAUUGCUUUUCUGAUUUUCAUAUUUUAUAUGGUACUAUCAAGAAAAUAUUUCUAUUAAAUUAAAUCAACCAGAGUAAAGUCCACAUGUGUCCACUCAUGGAAUUAGCAACUUUAAAUCUUGUAUUUUUGGACGUGUAUCUGUUUGCUUACACCUGGUUAUACCAUUCAUGAGCACUUUCUGUGUAACCAAUUAUCAUUAUAUUGAAUACCUUUAAUUGCAUAUGUGCAUCCUCUGUAGCAAUACUGGCCGCGGGUGUUUCAUCGUUAGUUCUUUUGAAUCAAUGUGCAUGUAUUCGGAGAGCGCAUAUAUAUUUGUCGUGGUUGUUGUGGCAUUGAGCCUACUUCAGAGGAAAUUGUUAAGCUUUUACUCCAGCUGUAAUUACUCCUUGUUAU